AGUGAAACUCCAGGAGUUGCGGGCGCGUGGAGCGUAGCGUCCACAGUCCCGGGGCCCAUGGCUCUGAGCAAAGGGCUGCGGCUGCUCGGGCGGCUGGAGGCCGCGGGCGACAGCAGCGUCCUGCUGGAGGCGCGCGGCCGCGGGGACUGCCUGCUCUUCGAAGCCGGCACGGUGGCCACGCUCGCCCCGGAAGAGAAGGAGGUCAUCAGAGGCCAGUAUGGGAAGCUCACCGACGCUUACGGCUGCCUGGGGGAGCUCAGGUUGAAAUCCGGUGACGCAUCCCUGAGCUUCCUGGUUUUGGUGACAGGCUGCACAUCUGUGGGCAGAAUCCCAGAGGCUGAGAUCUACAAAAUCACCGCCACCGACUUCUACCCUCUGCAGGAAGAGGCCAAGGAGGAGGACCGGCUCGCGGCCCUCAGGAAGAUCCUCAACUCGGGCGUCUUCUACUUCUCGUGGCCCAACGACGGGUCGCGCUUCGACCUCACCGUCCGGGCGCAGAAGCAGGGCGAUGACAGCUAUGAGUGGGGGAACGCCUUCUUUUGGAACCAGCUGCUCCACGUGCCCCUGAGGCAGCACCAGGUGAGCUGCUGUGACUGGCUGCUGAAGGUCAUCUGCGGGGUGGUGGCCAUCCGCACGGUGUACGCCUCGCACAAGCAGGCCAAGGCCUGCCUCAUCUCUCGCAUCAGCUGCGAACGCGCCGGCGCUCGCUUCCACACCCGCGGCGUGAACGACGAGGGCCACGUGUCCAACUUCGUGGAGACGGAGCAGACGAUUUACAUGGAUGAUGGUGUGUCGUCUUUUGUCCAGAUCAGAGGCUCCGUUCCGCUGUUUUGGGAGCAGCCAGGGCUACAGGUCGGCUCCCAUCAUCUGAGACUCAACAGAGGCCUGGAAGCCAACGCCCCUGCUUUCGACAGGCACAUGGUACUUCUGAAGGAGCAGUAUGGGAAGCAAGUGGUGGUAAACUUGCUGGGGAGCAGAGGCGGCGAGGAGGUGCUCAACAGGGCCUUCAAGAAGUUGCUCUGGGCUUCUUGCCACGCCGGUGAUACGCCUAUGAUAAACUUUGACUUCCAUCAAUUUGCCAAAGGCGGGAAGCUCGAGAAAUUGGAGAACCUUCUGAGGCCCCAGUUAAAGCUUCACUGGGAUGACUUUGACGUGUUCACCAAGGGCGAGAAUGUAAGUCCACGUUUUCAGAAAGGCACCUUGCGGAUGAACUGUCUCGACUGCCUGGACCGAACCAACACAGUUCAGAGCUUCAUCGCGCUUGAGGUCCUUCAGCUGCAGCUUGAGAGCCUGGGGCUGAAUUCGAAGCCCAUUGCUGACCGCUUCGUGGAGUCCUUCAAAGCCAUGUGGUCUCUGAAUGGGCACAGCCUGAGCAAGAUGUUCACGGGCAGCCGGGCCCUGGAGGGGAAGGCCAAGGUGGGGAAGCUGAAGGACGGGGCCCGGUCCGUGUCUCGCACCAUCCAGUCCAACUUCUUUGAUGGCGUGAAGCAGGAGGCCAUCAAGCUGCUGCUGGUCGGGGACGUCUAUGCCGAGGAGUCUGCGGACAAAGGCAGGAUGCUGCUGGACAACACGGCCCUGCUGGUGACCCCCAGGAUCCUGAGAGCCAUGCUGGAGCGCCAGUCGGAGUUCACGAAUUUCAAGCGGAUCCGCAUUACCGUGGGGACCUGGAAUGUGAACGGGGGGAAGCAGUUCAGGAGCAACCUCCUGGGGACGGCUGAGCUGGCUGACUGGCUGCUGGACUCACCCCAGCUGUCCGGCGCCGCUGAGCCCCAGGAUGACAGCAGCCCAGCCGACAUAUUUGCCGUCGGGUUUGAAGAGAUGGUGGAGCUGAGUGCAGGGAAUAUCGUCAAUGCCAGCACCACCAACAGGAAGAUGUGGGGCGAGCAGCUUCAGAAGGCCAUCUCGCGCUCCCAUAGGUACAUUCUCUUGACUUCGGCACAGCUGGUGGGCGUCUGCCUUUACAUCUUUGUGCGUCCCUACCACGUCCCGUUCAUCAGGGACGUGGCGAUCGACACGGUGAAGACCGGCAUGGGAGGAAAGGCCGGGAACAAAGGCGCCGUGGGCAUCCGUUUCCAGUUCCACAGCACCAGCUUCUGCUUCGUGUGCAGCCACCUGACGGCCGGGCAGUCCCAGGUCAAGGAGAGGAACGAGGACUACAGGGAGAUCACCCAGAAGCUGAGCUUCCCCAUGGGAAGAAACAUCUUUUCUCAUGACUACGUGUUUUGGUGUGGCGAUUUCAACUACCGCAUUGAUCUCACGUAUGAAGAAGUCUUCUAUUUUGUGAAACGCCAAGACUGGAAGAAACUUCUGGAAUUUGAUCAGCUGCAGCUACAGAAAUCCAGUGGAAAAAUCUUUAAAGACUUUCACGAAGGCAGCAUUAAUUUUGGACCCACCUACAAGUAUGACGUCGGCUCCGCUGCCUACGACACUAGCGACAAAUGCCGCACCCCAGCCUGGACGGACAGGGUCCUGUGGUGGAGGAAGAGGCAUCCCUUUGACAGGACAGCCAGAGAACUCAACCUUCUAGACAAUGACUUGGAUGCUGACACCAAAGUCAAACACGCCUGGUCUCCCGGAACCCUCAGGUAUUACGGCCGCGCGGAGCUGCAGGCGUCCGAUCACAGACCCGUCCUGGCCAUCGUGGAGGUGGAAGUUCAAGAAGUGGACGUGGGUGCUCGGGAGAAGGUGUUCCAGGAAGUGUCCUCUUUCCAGGGCCCCCUGGACGCCACCGUCGUCGUCAACCUUCAGUCCCCAACCUUAGAAGAGCAAAACGAGUUUCCUGAGGACGUGCGCACCGAACUCAUGCAGACCUUGGGGAAUUAUGGCACGAUUGUCCUCGUCAGGAUCAACCAAGGGCAGAUGCUGGUGACUUUUGCAGACAGUCACUCGGCGCUCAGCGUCCUCGAUGUGGACGGUAUGAAGGUGAAAGGCAGAGCAGUGAAGAUCCGACCAAAGACCAAGGACUGGCUCAAAGGUUUGCAAGAGGAGAUCACCCGGAAGCGGGACAGCAUGGCCUCCGUGUCGCCCACGGCCAACUCCUGUCUGCUGGAGGAGAACUUCGACUUCACGAGCUUGGACUACGAGUCAGAAGGGGACAUUCUCGAAGAUGACGAAGACUAUUUGGAUGAACUCAAUCAGCCUGUGGUCUCAGACAGUGACCUGGCGGGGGACGACCUUUCCGAUGCCCCCGGCUCCACAGCAGCCGCACCGCCCAGCAAGUCACCUGCACUAACCAAAAAGAAGCAGCACCCGACUUACAAAGGUGAUGCCGACCUGGCAGAGUUAAAGCAGGAGCUGGAAGCUGUGGGGGACCGCCACCGCUCUCCAAGCAGGUCUCUGUCGGUCCCCAGUAGGCCUCGGCCGCCUCACCCACCGCAGAGACCCCCCCCUCCAACGGGUUUCAUGGUGAAGAAGUCGGCCUCGGACGCCUCCCUCUCCUCGGGCACCCAGGGGCAGUAUUCGAUUUUACAGACGGCAAAGCUGCUGCCGGGAGCGCCUCAGCAAGCGCCCAAAGCUAGGACUGGGAUAAGUAAGCCUUACAAUGUCAAGCAGAUCAAAACCACCAACGCCCAGGAGGCGGAAGCAGCAAUCCGAUGUCUCCUGGAAGCCAGAGGAGGCACCCCAGGAGAAGCCCUAAAUGCCAUGGCCCUGAGCGAGCAAGGGCCCUCCAAACCUGAGCCCACAGCAGGGGGGGCCCCGCUGCUGCCCCGUCGGCCGGCGCCCAGAGUCCCUGCCAUCAAGAAGCCAACCCUGAGGAGGACCGGGAAGCCCAUGUCACCAGAAGAGCCACCGGGGCAGCAGAUGGUCCAUUUCACAAUCGGGCCCCCAGAAACAAGCCUUGAAACCCCUCCUCUCGUGGCCACCCCUCCUGUUCCCAAACCGAGGACAAUGCAGCCUGGGAAAGGUGCCGAGAGGAAGCCCGGUGCUGGAAAGCCAGUGGCGGACGGGGUGCCUGCGGUGGCUGAGCCGCCCCUUCUGGAGGUCCCUCCCCUCGCACCCCAGGCGCCCCCGAGGAGGAAGAAGUCUGCCCCCGCAGCCUUCCACCUGCAGGUUCUGCAGACGCAUGGCCAGCUCCUCCGGGGCCUCGGCAGCGACGGGCCCGACCAGGCCGCGCUCUUUCCACCGCCAGCUUUUCUGGGCCCUUCGUCGGCUGCAAGCCCCGAGGCCGAUGGCCCCAAGGAGCCAAAGCCAGAGGCGGCCUCCCUCCUCGGGGAUUGUCAGGACCCCUUCUGGAGCCUCCUCCACCACCCUAACCUGUUGAAUAACACCUGGCUCUCCAAGAGCUCUGAUCCCCUGGAUUCGGGGACCAGGAACCUCGGAAGGGCACACACAGCCCCACUGCAAGUCGGCCACCCAGCUGCUGAGGAGCCGCCGCCACCAGAGCACAGGCAAAAAGACCUCGGUCCCUGGACGACAGUCAGCGACAAGGACAAGAGGACAGUGCUGGAGGUGUUUGACCCGCUGGCGAAAACCUGAGCGGGAGCCGUGGGCAGCGCCCUGGGGAAGGUGGACCGUCUUCCCUUAGGCAUUGCUGGUCAGAGACAAGCCCCUUGGCCUCUGCCCCGUCCCGGUCAAAAGUGACACCUACUUAAAGGCACACUGAGAAGACAUCCGCACUGCUGUCGCUGUCGUGCAGUGCACCAAAAUCCUGUCUCACAUCCAGCAAGAUGAGGAUUCAGCCACCGAGAAAGGUUUUAGUCCGGACUUGUGCGUUUCAGGUUCCCGCUCGGGGUGUGGGAAGCCGCGCCUUAGAGCCAGUGUGUGGAUUUUAGAAAGGGGAACUAGCCGAGGAUGCCUGAGACGUUCUCUCCCAUCGAAUUUUAAAUGGUCGUUCAAUUUAUGUGUGUACGUGGGGCUUUUUAAUUUUGUUUGCACUUCACAGAUUUGAAUAGUUUUUCGGUGCCCCACCUGGAGGUUGCUGCAUAAAGUAAGGAUCACACUGGAAGGUUGUUGGGACCAUGAAGAGCUGUACCUGGCCUGCCGACACCAGAUUGAAAAAAAUCAGAGAAGCAGCAAAUAGGUCAACCAAACGACCGGGCCGUCCAUUCCCUGUGUGAGCCCUCGUGUUUACUUCCAUACGUGUGGACUAACCUUGGUCAUGCGGGAGAUGCUGCCUACACUGUUUGGGUUGUGGAGCCUGUACCAUUAGCUUAACCUGACCUUAAACCAGUUCAAGACUUUGCGUCCCGCCUCAGACAUGCGCGCCCCAUAGCCUGGUGCCGUUGCGUGCCCUGGGGCGGCACUCCAGCCUGUUUUCACACGCUCCCCGUCCCCUUCGAGAGGAAACCUUGUGAAUUCUUUUCAUCCCUUAUACUGUGUACCUGGUAAAAGCACAAACGUGAACACUCACGCCGGCACUAAUACUGAGCCUCAUUGCUAUAAUACGAUGAAUAUUUGCUUUAGCCUGGUCUGCCUGGCUGCAGCUUCAGGAAGGAAAGUACCACAUGUCCCUUUAGUAUAAAAAGCCCAGGACAAGCAUUCCUGGGUUUGCUUAUCUAUAUAUGUUUGUUAGGUUUAUCUUUUACCUAGGUUUUUUCUGUGUGUCUCCAACGCCACUUCUCGCCUGUUAAAUCCUUUUAAAAAAUGACACCAUGCUGUUCUCCAUUUUAAAAAUAAUGUUAUAAGGUCUAGAGUAUGUGGAGCAGAUAUCAUAUUUCUGCUAUUAAGUAUCUAAGUGGCAAAAUCUCAGUGUCACGUGACGCUGUCACCCCUGCCGUGACCAGGGGCCCCCUGCACCCGGCGCUGCUGCCAGGGCAGCGGCGAUCAUCUUGCCGGGGGUGUCGCGCUCGUUCCGCUGCUCAGGCCUCGGUUUUCGGAUCCUCUCAUUGCCACUCACUCUCAAGACUCACUGCAGAUUACUUAAAUCUGGCACUCAAGACAAUAAAGCCGCCACAAACUGAUCACCUGAAAACUGGUCAAAGGAAAAGGUAUCGAUGACCCAUCGAGAGAAACAGAGAAUCCGAGAGUUGACCUGGCCCCAGGUGAUUAGGAUACCUUCUGUAAUAAAUGCAUUAUCGAUGUCAUUUUUGCCUCUCUAACCAAAGCCAAUGAACAAACAUAACCCUUGAAAGCAUUAGAAGGAGAACAAAAGCAAGAUGAGCAAUGGGCUUGGAGCAGCUCAGUGAUUGGCCAGCGUUCUGAGGGUACGAUUGGACGUUGGAAGAGAAGAUUUCUUAAUUGAAAUGCGCUCUUCUCUAUAACCUUUCCUCCCCACCAAAAGGAAGGUGAAUUUGAAAGCAAAAACGUGACAAGCAGUCACAAAAGCAGGGGCAAGUCGGAACCACGACAGUUGCUUGCAGUGCUGGGAACAGGCCCAAUUCUCGGCUGCUUUGUUCCCGAAAGCCAACAGCCAGUAACGGUACAGAGAACAGAAUUUCAGUUAAGCUAGGUCCCCAUCACACGAGUGGCACUUAAGAAUCUGACAGUGAGUAGCAACGCACAGAACUGUGUUGACCUCGGGAGACAGGUCACAAGACAAAUGACAAGUAGUUUAAUAUGAAGAAUUGAACAAAUAUUAUGUGAUCAUGGGUGUUCAAGGUUAGUGAACAGCACGUAGAGUUGACAUAAGGUUCUCACACCAAUGUUCUCUUUAGGAAAAAAAAAAGACGAUUGGAAUUGCCUUAGUUAUAAGUCCAUGCCCACUAGAUGGUGGGUUUCCUAGGUUAGUAGCAGCCCGUCGAAUAAUCUCAGCCAUGAGCAGCUGCCACCCUGGGGAUUUCAUUCUGUGGUUUUUGUAUUUUUUUUCUUUGAUGCCCCCACACAGGGCUUUUUCUUGUGACUUUGUAGUUUGUUUCAUUACUUUUCUAUAAGACAUUUCAGUUCACUGCAGUGUUAGAAGCACAGUACUUUACGAUUCUACAUCAUCUCUAUCACUCCAGUUACUAUAUUCCCUUUUACAACAUUUUCUCCAACUUCUUGCCUAUUUUUAAAAUGUGUUCCUGUAAAUGAUUGAAAAUAGAACAUCUGCCUAAGCAAUUCCUGUAAAAGUUUUCAAGUUGUUGAAAUUCAAAACACUUCAUAAAAUUCUGAUGUGUAUAAGCAAAGUAAUGUAUUAAAACAUUCUCUUUGUAACAAAGUGAUUUCAUCAGAAAGAGGAACUGCAAAAAUUAUUUAUUGACUGACUUGGCAAUUACUAAAAACCCUGUAAUGUUUAUUUG